AUAUUAUGGAGAAUCAGUUUUCAAUGGCCAAUAGCUUUUGGUUCACAAUUGUAACGCUUAUGCAUCAGGGAUGUGAUCUGAAUCCAAAGGCCACGUCCACGCGUAUAAUCGGUGCCAUUUGGUGGUUCUUCACACUCAUCCUAAUCUCGUCAUAUACGGCCAAUUUGGCCGCUUUUCUCACAGUCGAGCGCAUGAUUACGCCCAUAGAGAGUGUCGAGGACUUGGCCUCACAGAGCAAAAUCACUUACGGCACUCUCGAGAGCGGCUCUACGAUGACCUUCUUCAGGGACUCAACCAUCGAGACCUACUCCAAGAUGUGGCGCUUUAUGGAGAACAGACAGGGAGUGUUUGUCAAGUCCUACGAGGAGGGCGUCCAACGGGUGGUCGACGGCAACUAUGCUUUCCUUAUGGAGAGCACAAUGUUAGACUAUAUGGUUCAGCGGAACUGCAAUCUCACACAAAUUGGCGGUCUGUUGGACAGCAAAGGCUACGGAAUCGCCACUCCUAUCGGGUCUCCCUGGAGGGACAAGAUAUCGCUGGCGAUUCUGCAUUUGCAAGAGAAGGGUGUGAUUCGUGUGCUUUACGACCGGUGGUGGAAAAGGCCGGGCAUUACCUGCUCUCGGGAUGACAAGAGCAAAGAGGGCAAAGCCAACGCUCUGGGCGUCGACAACAUCGGCGGUGUGUUUGUGGUGCUGUUGGGCGGACUCGCCGUCGCUAUACUCACAGCUAUUAUUGAGUUUUGUGUCAAUUCGAAGAAAAAUGCAGUUAACCAAAGGGUAAGCACUGAUAGCAACAAUCCAUUCACCACUGCUUUACGCUAUCUAUUAGUUUAA